CGCAGAGAGCAACUCCUGCGAGAAAUGCAGCAGAUGGCCAGCCGACCAUUCGCCACCAUCAACGUCGCCUUGGAGACUGAUGAGGAGCCGCCAGACCUGAUUGGUGGAAAUGUGAAGUCUGUGCCUAAGCCCAUAGCUUUGGAGCCCUGUUUUGGGAAUAAGGCAGCAGUGCUCUCCAUCUUUGUGAGAUUACCCAGAGGCCCCGGAGGUAUUCCUCCUCCAGGACAGUCAGGUCUGGCAGUAGCGAGUGCAUUAGUGGACGUCUCUCAGCAGAUGUGUCUGGGAUAUAAGGAGAAGUCGGGAGGGUUGCGUAGUCGCAAGCAGCAGCCAUUAGCACAGCCCGCCACCUGCAUCUGACAUUUACCCCUCGUCCUCUGACCUCGGACCCCUGCCAGGACGCUUAUGGCUGGGUUGCGUGGUUUUAGCCAAGCCAAGCGGACUCUGAUUGGAGAAACUGAAUCUCUCCUGGCCCAAGCUGAAAGAACACUACAGGAAAUUAACUUUUAUGUGACCCUGACUGAUAGGACUUAUCCUGGGCCACUUUAUAAUAUUUAACUUAUUUCAGUUAUUUUAUUCCAAUUUUACAAUCAGGAGGAAGAAUCCUUGCACUGCUGCAUCUCUGAUGAAGGCAACACACACACACAAACAAAAUUUUCUUUUUGAGACUUCCUUGGCUGCAUGGCUCUAACACAAACACACACACACACACAUGCAUAUAGUACAGGAUGUCUUUUAGAGGCAUAUACUACGUCGAUGUCUCUUUAAUCAUGGCAGUAGUCGCCAAAAAUUGCUUUUAUUUCUUAAUUAUUAAACACGUCUCUGAUUUGAUGUGCAGGAAUAAGACACAGCUAACUGGUAUGUUUGCAAGCGUUUUACUUCUGUGACGUCUUUCCCAAGCAUUUCAUGUUUGUCCCAAUAAGAGGAUCUUAGCUUUUUCACAUCCUUCCAUCCUCUUUUGAAUUACCUCCUUUCACAUGUUCAUGUAGAGAUCUGAGACGUCAGUGUUUAUGUUUGCCAUAAUGAUAGUGCUGCUUCUGCUUCUAUCAUUUACUUCCUCUCACUUCUCUCUUAUCUGAAAUCUCAGCCCAUUUCUCAGGCACAUUUCAAGGAAGGCAGAAAUAAAAGGCGACUGCAGGCAGGCAGCAGGGUGGAAUUAGAGCGAACAAGGACCUUGUUUGGGUUUCUCGAAAUGUCAGAUGUCAUUUUGGGCUGGCGAAGUAUUAUCUGCAUACACAAAUGCACAAACCUGGACCUGCGUUGGAUACCGGGGGUAUUCUCCAGGAUAUGGAGUGCACUGCCUAGUGCAAAGGAAAGGUCAGAGAUAGAGCAAAUGUGACAUUAUGAAAUCUAAACCGGUGUAAGUGCGUGUAGCGGCGCAGUCAUUACUUCUUUCAUUAUCCUGGCGCGCGGCUGUAUCGAGACGGCACAGAUGACCUGCUUGCCAGUUCUCGGUGCAUUUAGAGUGCCAUGAAUAAAGGGACACAAGUCACUAGACCAAAACCAAACAUCUAGUAUUGAGAGCCCAAACAAGAUGUUACUAACCUGUCCGUGAUCUCAGUGGAAAAUUCAUGUCCUGUUACACCCUUAAGGUGCAAAUGUAAGCUAGAAUGUCACAGAGAGACCAUUUUAUGUUUCUUUUUUCUUUUUUUUCUUUCGAUCUGUUAGGGUCCAAAAGGGAAAGCGCACUCACACGUACACACAAAGUGUUCUAAUGAAAGGAGCUGGUCUCUCUUCCUUCAAAUGGAAGCUAACUCUAACAUUGCUUUUCUCUGUAAGCCUCAAACAGGACUCCUCACACACCGACCGCACCAUCUGUAUACAGUGAUACUGUAGAUACGGAGUCUGUAGUUUGUUAAUAUGUAUAAUGUAGCAGCAUUGCACUCAAGUUUUUUGUACAUACAGUAGUGAUGGACAGUAAUGUGAAUGCCGUCUAUGUUAAGCGACUUACUGCACUUGGCGGGUGGAGUAUCCCAAGCUUUUGAAAUGUGACUGCAUUGCAGCUUCUUUUGUAUGUAAGAUGGCGAAUGUCAUGAACAAACUUUAAACUAGUUGCCUACUUUAAGAAAAAAAAAUUAAACUGACCUUGUAAUUAUAUGUGUACAUAAAGAAUGACAUAGAACAUUUUGUCUAUAAUUAAAUGGUAAAAUGAA